AGUUCAUCUGCCAGCAACUGCACUUCCGGGAUCCAGAGACAGCUGAGAGACAUCCUUCUACUGUGAGAGACAUCCUUCUACUACAGCUGGGGUUUGUCUCACACUCAUGGAAAGAUCCAGUUUUGCAUAUUGAGAUGAGCAGAGCGCGUGGGAGCGCCAAUGGUCCUCUCCGAGCUUUGAUGGAUCACUGGAGAUCGUGAAGACUUUGUGGGAUCUUGUUGAACUCCAUUGGAUAUGAUGGAUCCCUUGGAUCGCCUACUUGAUGAAGACAGUUUGGAGACAGAGCUGGAGGAAGAAGGGCAAGAUGGAGAUCUGGAGUUGAACCCUUUUGAUGGCUUACCCUUCUCUUCUCGUUACUAUCAGCUUCUAUCCCAACGGCGUUCCCUGCCUGUCUGGGGAAUUAAAUACCAAAUAAUGGAGAGUCUGCAGUGCAGUAACGUUACAUUGGUGUGUGGAGACCCUGGAUCUGGCAAGAGUACUCAGGUACCUCAGUGGUGUGCAGAGUUUGCACUCUCUCAGCAGUACAGUGAGGGCUCUGUGGUCUGCUCCCAGCCGCACACUGCCGCAGCCGUCAGUCUGGCUCUCAGAGUUGCAGAUGAGAUGGAUUUAAAUGUGGGACACGAGGUAGGAUAUUCCGUCCCACAUGAAGACUGCACUUCCCCAAACACCAUGCUGAGGUUUUGUUGGGAUUCCCUGCUGCUGCAUGAACUGACCUCUAACCCUCUGCUUCAGGAGGUUGGGGUGGUCAUUUUGGAUGAGGUAGACGAGCGCACAGUAGCUUCUGACCUUCUCCUGGGUUUACUUAAAGAUGUUACCCGUCAGAGACCUUUGCUGCGCCUGGUGGUUAUGACAUCACCAGGAAUGGAGAAGCGCUUCCUGGAAUUUUUGGAGGAUGGUGUAUCUGUGGUGAGGAUCCAAGGUCAGGAGACCGUGCCUCAGGUGGUAUACCGUGCCUCACAGUCCCACGACCCAGUCUUGGCUGCUUGUCAUAUGGUUUUAGAUGUCCACCGCCUGGGGGAUCCAGGAGAUAUUCUGCUGUUCUUGGCCAGCGAAGAGGAGGUUGUACGUUGCAAUGCUGCUCUAAUGGUGGAAGCGCUUUCUCUCAGCCCCAGCCUGGGUAGUCUGAUGCCAUUGGCUUUGCUUCCCAGUGCUGGCAGUGCCAUCCAGUCAGUGUAUGAGCCACAGCAGAAUGAAUCCGGUUAUCAACGACGCGUUUUUCUGGCAUACAACAUGGCAGAGCUUUCCUUCUCUCUGCCAGGAAUUCGAUACGUGAUCGACACUGGAAGUGAGCUUCAAACUGUUUACAACCCUCGCAUUCGUGCAGAUUCUCUGGUUUAUCAGCCCAUCAGUAAAGCUAAAGCUAAAAUGCGCAGAAUCAGAGCGCGAGCGAAUGACGGUCUGUGUUACCGGCUAUAUUCUGAGAGCUACUUUCAGACACAGAUGCCAGAUGUGACUCCUCCACGUAUUCUACAGGAGAACCUUAGCCGGCUUGUACUGUUAUUGAAGAGACUGGAUAUUGCGGACAUGGGACAGUGUGACUUUCUUGAUCGACCUGCCCCGGAGAUCCUCAUGCAAGCCUUGGAGGACCUGGAUUAUCUCGCUGCUCUGGAUGAUGAUGGGAACCUUUCCGAGGUUGGAAUUAUCAUGUCUGAGAUUCCGCUCGAUCCCCAAAUCUCAAAGUCUCUUCUUGCUGCUUGUGAAUUCCAGUGUGUCAGUGAGAUGGUUACUCUGGCCUCCAUGCUGACUGUCGCUCCACGUUGUUUUCUGCCACUGCCUCAUAACGAUGAUGUCAUGCUUGCUCGCCGUGAGCUGCAGGUUCCUGAGGGUGACCACAUGACCCUAAUCCAGAUCUUUAACCUUUAUAAAGAGCACGGAGAGGGUUGGUGCACCCGCUGUGCCCUGUGCCCGCAGUCUCUGCGUCAGGCUGAGUCACUCCGAGAGGACCUGUUGGAGCUCAUGCACCGGAUUGAACUCCCAGUUUCGCCGCCGACCUUCCCCAGCAAGGAAAGCAUUGUGAGCGUUACACGAGCCCUGCUAUCGGGGGGCUUCCUAAAGGUGGCCAGGGAUGUGGAUGGCCAGGGGAACUACGUGAUGCUGACCCACAAACAUGUUGCUAAUCUGCACCCGUCCUCUGUGUACUACAACCGAUCACCUCCUCCCAGCUGGGUCCUGUAUCAUGAUUUCAGCAUUUCUCAAGAUAACUGCAUCAGUGUGGCCACAGAAAUACUCCCCGAAAUGUUGGUAGAAUGUGCUCCCCAAUAUUACCUCAGUAACCUUCCAGCCAGUGAGAGCCGAGACCUGCUCAUGGAACUGAGAGAAAAACUGCAGGAGGAGGAGGCCCUGGGGGCCCCAGGUGGAGCAGGCGAGGAUCCUCUGGCACUAGGGGAGGAAGCAGAAAAGGACACCUGCUGUCUGCAGUGAACCUUCUAACCAGACGUUUUCUUAAGUCCACUGUACGAAGCCAAGGAGAAGUCAGGAGACAGAACCCUGCUUAUCAUAUCUCCAGUUCCAGAUUGGUGAACGAUACAAACUAGUUUGAGCUUUCUUGUGUUUAAGUUGGAGAAUGUAUCACACUGGCAGGAAGAGAAAGUUAAGAAAUAAUAUCAGGUCCUGAGGCUGCUCAUUGGAUUUUAUCAAGACUGAGGUUCUAAGAGGGCUCCACAAUGACUGGGGCUAUUACUCCAUUUUAGCCCUGUGCAAUUACUAGAUAAAACAUCUAGAUUUUGUUUUGGUUUACCCCUUGGCUGUAUAUCACACCUGGCUGUAUGUCCUGCUUCAGGAAGAAAACCACCAUCUAUAAGAGCUGGGUCAACAUUGGUCUUCUUAUGAUAUGCUAGUGAAUGUAUGCACUACUUGUUUGUAAAUUGGGCUGUGACUAACCAGGACUUGCUUUGGGCUACUAUAUAAUGCUGAGGUAAUCUGGGAUUACCCUUUUCCGGGGGAGUAGGGGGAGACUUGAUUUGGAUAAUUCAUUUCUCAAGCGUCUAGAAGUUACCUACCACGAUCAGCUGUCAAAACACAAAAAAACUUACAAUCUAAAGCUACCCAAACAAGACAACUAAACAUAAUGUAAAAACCUAAUGAAACCCCACCGUUCCUAUGAUUUGUGCAAUAUAUAAUAUAUUCGACAGGGGUGACA